AACUGCGUCUCCUGUAAUAAAACCAUAAUUUUACUUUCUCUGCCACUUUCACGCCCUUUCCGCCCCUUUCCUCUCUUCACGUUUCCUUCCUUUUCUCCCACCUCGGAAAGCUCUGCUCUUUCUCUUUCUAGUCCGACGCUGAGGAGACCGCCAUGCCGUUUCCCUGGAAGAAAAAGAAGGUCGCCCGAAUAUCCAAUUUCGUUGCCGAUCUUCACUCUCCGAAACGCGGUGCCUCUCUCGUCGUCCAGACCGGCUUUCCCACCUCCCUCAUCGACCUCUUCGUCAAGAACCGCGGCCGCUUCCAGAAACCCAAGCCCAGGAAACGGCCUCCGCAAGAAAUUCCUGAUCCGCCACCGCCGGACUCGGCCGAUUCGUGUCACCGCUUGCUUCCUCGUGCGGAGCCGACAUAUCCGGAAGCUUCGACUUCGAGGCGGUUGGCGGGAAAUGGAGAUGAUGGGGUCACGGGUUCGGAGCAGGUCCACGACGGAUCGAAUUCGGAUCCCAAUAAGGUGAUUGCUGCAAUCUUGAAGAUGAUUGUGGUCCUGGUUGUGACUUUGAGUGUGAAGAAGCUUACCUUCGGGAUCACAAUCUCCGCAUUUGUGCUCCUGUUCCUUGAAUACGCUGGGAAACAUGUCGUUCCCUGGUUUAAACCUUGCCCCGAUGCAAACAUGGCGUUCAAAUGUUUUGCCGUAAGGGUUUAUAGUUGUGAUUGGUUCCAAAAUCUUGUGUCGGUGAUGGGGAAAAGGCAUAGUUGUGAAGGUUUAGAGCCGCCAUCAUUUGUUCGUGAAAAAAUUCAAGUUCAAUCGAGCUCUGGUUCUUCGUCAGUGGAAGAGAUUGAAGUUGUUGAACCCAAGAGCGAUACCGAGACUGGAAAUGGUUGUGAAGAGAUUUGUUUUGGGGGAUCUGAACUAAAUUCUUUCUAUGAACGCAAGAAAGGGGUUGGUUCAGAAAUUGAGGAGGCAUGUGGAAUUAGUCAAGAUAAAACCAAGAGUAAAAGAAGCGGCAAAUUAAAAUCCAAGAUAGUGAAGAGGCUCGUGCCCAAAAAGCUUCGAGGUCUGGAGAGGGGAAAGAGAAUGAAAGAGAGGGAAGAAAUUGGAAAGUUGAGCAAGGAGAAGGAAGAAGAGUCAUGCAGUGAAGUUCCUAGCUCUGCGGAAGGAGAUGAACCAGCAAUUCCUGAGAUAGAAGAAGAGGGGCAAGGUAUAGAAGAGCAAGAGCCUUGGAGUAAACUAGAGUGUAUUGAAGAUAAGGAGGUUGAUGAUGGAAUCUCUGGUUCCAAUCAGGAGGUAGGGGAAGGUGACAGUAAUGAACAAGAACAAGAGAGGGGAGAUAGAGGUUGGAGUUCAGAAUCGGGGGCUCUGAUGUUGUUUCUAGUUGCUCUUGCUGGGCUUGUAGAGGGUCGCUUCUUUGCUUUUUUACUUGCAGUGGUAUGGAUGUUUAUGCUGAAGAUACUCAAAUGUUGAGGGAGAUCACUGAAUGUACAUCUUAUCAAGUUGUUGUGAACAUAUCUCUUGAUGGACAACUUGGUUCUUUUCUCACAGAUUUUCUUUUUCACAGCUUUCAGUUCACAGAAGUUAUCCUGCUACCUGCAUUCUAAUUCGAAUGCUCGUCAUUUGUUGAUAAGCCAAUUUGAUAGUGUUGUACCUUGGAAUGCAACUUCAUAGAUAGUUAGAUACAAA